CAUCAUAAAAACUUAAAUUCAAUAAAAGUUCAUUUUUAAAUCCGAUCUUACCCUUAGCUCUCUCUUUUUUUUUUGGCUGUGAUUGUACGCCACCCUACCCCCCCUCCCCGCUCCAACGGUCCAAUCUAAAUCCAUUUCUUCUCCCAAAUACCCAUCUAACCCUUGUAUUUCUUUUUCUUGAUUUCUCCUCUGAAAUUUCACCAUUUCUGUAUCUUCAAUAAGCUUUUUAUUAUAUUUAUAUACAUGCCCUUAUGGACCCAUCCAUGGAUCUACCGACGACUAUAGAACAACCGACGUUUAAUCCUCCUCCUCUACUCGUUAACCAUGCUCCUAACCCUAACCCUACCCCUCCUCAACCCCAACCCCCUCCACCUGCCCCUGCCCAUGAUUUCUCGUCUCCCCAACCCGAUUAUGCUGAGUUGAUAACGGCGGCGAUAACGGCGUUAAAGGAGAAAGAAGGGUCAAGCAGGAUAGCUAUAGCGAAGUAUAUAGACCGAGUCUACUCGAAUCUACCACCGAAUCACUCGGCUUUGUUGACUCAUCAUCUCAAGCGCUUGAAGAAUUCCGGAUAUCUUGCUAUGGUUAAACACUCUUACAUGCUAGCAACACCUGGAUCUGCUCCGCCUCCGCCGCAGACGGCGGCGUCUGUUGAUUCUAACGGGAGUGAUGUUUCUUCUCUUACUAAACGGAAACCUGGACGUCCUCCUAAGUUGAAGCCUGAGGCCCAGUUUCAAGCCCAGUUUCAAGAUCCAUUUCAAGCUCAACUUCAGGCCCAACAGCAGCAGCAAGCCCAGUUCCAACCACAAUUCCAAAAUCAGCCCCAAUUCAUUCAACAGCAGCCACAGUACGUUCCUCAGCCGCAAUUCCAGCAGUUUCAGGCUGACCCGUUACUUCAAAAUCAGUUCCAUUUUCAGUCCCAGCAACAGCCACAGGGAUAUGCUGCUCCUCAUGAAGCCCAAAAUUAUUCGAAUCUUGGGGCUGAGUCCGUGUUUGUUUCUCUUGGGCUAGCUGAUGGGCCUGUUGGGAUUCAGAAUCCAGCUGGUUCUGCUCCUCCUCCUGCUGGAGCUCCGGCACUAGCACCGGCACUUGAAGAGAGUAACACAAAGAGACGCCCUGGUCGUCCCCGUAAGGAUGGUUCCACUGUAGUCAAAUCAGUGGAAUCCAAAUUAUCCGACCAGAGUGGUACAAAGAGGCGACCUGGUCGUCCCCCUAAGACUGAGACAGUCAAUGCUUCUCCUGGAUCAGCUGCGGCUUCCAAACCUAGAGGGAGGCCAAAGAAAGGUUCUACUCCCGGACGAAGAGGCCGACCUAGGAAGAAUGUGUCUGCUAAUGUUGGUGCCAAUGCGGCCAACAUUCUUUCUGCUGAUCCAAAUGUUCCUGCUGGUGGUGAUCCGAGUGGACCAAUACCAACCCCUAAACGACGUGGAAGGCCACCCAAGUCUAGCAAUCAAGGUGGACCUGCGGCUGCUGCUGUUGGUGUCACAGAUGUGCCUAUUGCUGCUGCUUUUGAUUCUGAGGGCUUUCCUAAUACUGUUGGUGGCGUCACAAAUGGGGCUACGCCUCUCGGUAAGCGACGUGGGCGUCCUCCAAAAUCAUACAGCAGUGUGGCCGUUGCUUCUACUGUUAAGAGACCCAGGAAGCUUUCGGGGAGACCUCUGGGUCGGCCAAAAAAGAAUGUGACAUCCCCUGCAGUUUCGGACCCCAAGUUGGUGGUGGCUUAUGAAGAUCUAAAGGGCAAACUUGAACAUAUGCAAUCAAGAAUUAGGGAGGCAGCAAACGCGCUGAGGCCUUGCUUAAAUGCUGAAACACCAGCAACUGCUUUGGCAGCAUUUCAAGAGUUAGAAGAGUUAGCAGCACCGGUGGGGGUAGAUCCUAUGCAACAAAAUUGAUAAAAAAAGAUGCUGCAGAGAUGGAGGCAGAGCUUAAACUCAGUGUGUAAACAUUAUUCGAGGCUGGAAACCGUGAAAAUCAAGGAAGUUUCAGUGCAAAGCUAGUUAUUGGUGACAGGAUGAAGAUGCGCUUAGACUUGGAAACAGUGUAGCUACCUUUAAGGAAUGUAUUUGUUACUGUCAAUUUGUUAGGUUAAUCAGGAUUUGAUAUUCCGUUGCAUAGUAUGAAGUACGUUGUAGUGCUAACUGUAUUUGUAGUUGAUUUCGUCAUUUGGUAAGUCCCUUAUCUGCUAAUUUUGUUAAUGACAUUCAAGGGAGACAAAGUCAUGCUCUUGGGAGCUAUGUAUACUCUUUGAGUAUGUUGGAUGGAUGGAAAUGCCUUUGCAAGAUUUAUAAUGGCUCUCUUCUUGGAUCUGUAUGGCUCAUCAACUGUUGCAUUUUCAAAUGUUUAAAAUGCAUUUGAGCUUAUAUAGAUGUUA